CAAGAGAGAUGAGGAAUGAAGAGAAGGAGGCAAAGGUAGCUGUGAGAACGUAUAGUGCUGCUUGUUGUAAAUCACUACAAAGCUGAGCGUGGUUGAAAACAAUAUUGCUGCUAUACACUUGCAGCAUUUGAAGAGCUACACAUCUCUACGUUGAGAAAGGACAUUCAGGAGGAAAAGGAGAGGAAGGAGAAAAGAAGGAUAAAGGACAUAAUGCGGAAAAGAGGAUGAACAAAUGCAGAGCACAUCACCAGAAACUUCUGUCCUCGCUACAGACACGUUCAUCUGGCAGCAGCGCAGGAAGAUGUGAGCAGCACCUGCAACCAUAAACAGAAGAGCAAAUGCCUAAAGCAGGAUAAACAUCCACCUGGACAGCCAAACUUCAUCACUCACACCCAUUCACGUCUGCUUUCUCACAAAUACGUACUAUACACUCAACAACUACAACGCACGCUUCAUUGACAGGACAAAAUGAGUGUGAUGCUUGGAUCUUCAGGCAGGAAUAUCUUGUGUUCUGCUUCUAUCCAACGUUAAGCUGAAGCUGAGUAAAUGCCUAGAGCCCAGACCAGCUCUGGAUGAGCAGAGGUAGAGAACAGAACAGGCAUUGCCAUGGUGUACCUGUGGUGAAUAGCAGUACCGGCACCAGAACAAAGACCACCUCCACUGUCCUCCAUAGAAGGAACUGGAACCUGUACUCAGCAGACCUGAUGCAUUAAAAAUGCAUGUCCCCAGGGGACAGCUACCAGCACAGACAUAUUCUCGAGGGGCGAGGUGAGAAAGCAGGCCACUGCUGGCUGCUCAUCAUACUUCCGAUCUGUCGUAUCAGUCUGGGAACAGAGCAGUGAUGGAGACUUUCGAUGAACUGGAGCAUCCCUUGCUAGGUAACAGCCCAAAAGGCUCUUGUAUGGGGCCAGAGGUUAGUGGUGGAGUCUACAGAGGCAUUUUGGUGAGGUGUGAGGAUGAGAAAGCACUUCACUCUCUGGCCUGGAGAAGUUACUGUGCGUCUGCAGACAUCCACCACCAGCAGUUUCUCGAUCCGUGCUCUCUUCCCAACACUUUGGACUCUCUCUACUCCACUGGCCCCAUGUGGGUCCCCACAGACUCCCUGGGCCUGCAUAGUAAGGACUAUCUGGAGACCACCUUUGUGGACAUUGGACCCAACUCCCCUCUUGAGAGGAAACUGCUGGGGGAGGUCAAAGAUUCCCACAGCUUCUCUUAUAGUAUGGAUGAUGAGGAUGACCUUCUGCCAGAUUUUGAGGAUUCUUCAAGUGAUGAGUUCAGUGAUACAGACAGCGAAACCAACUUCCCAUUGAUGGUUCCUCAGGACUACCUUGGGCUGGCAUUUUUCUCCAUGCUCUGCUGUUUCUGGCCACUAGGAAUCGCAGCUUUCUAUCUAUCACAAAAGACUAAUAAAGCGGCAGUUCAAGGGGAUUUCCAGAGUGCUAAUGCAGCGUCCCGUCAAGCCCUGUGGCUCUCUGUGCUCUCCAUCAUCUUCGGGAUCAUCACAUACAUCUGUGCUGUUGCUGCCCUCAUUUCCUACCUGUCUGGGAAACCACCAUAGGACAAGUCUACCUAAACCACAUACACAACUCUUGUACAUGCACACACACACACACACACAUACACGCACACACACACUGUACUCACUAUAGUGUUUAUGGUAAUUAUGUUUGUAAAGCAAAAACUACACUGUGUUACGAAAAGUGAUCCAUUUCUUGCUCCCAACUGGCAUAGAUAUAAGUGUCAUGUCAAUCAACUGGACCAAGCAACAUACAGUAUCCUUAAAGACAAACAGAAAGCAGUCAAGAACAAACCAACAGAAUGGGAACAUGUUUAAAACAAUGGUGUUACACAUAGAGUGAUAGACAUGAGUAAAUACACAUUCUUCACAUAUUACAGUUUUUUCCAUUCAGCCUUAACUAACCCUCACCUCUCUCCUACUGUAUGUUAAAUGUACGGCAAGAACAGUCACUGGAAUAUUGGUUUUGUUUGAGGAAAAUAUCAAUGACAGACAACAAGCAGACGCAUAUCAGAUAUCAGGGUUGAUGGAAGGCAAAAGACAAAAACUGAACUCCUGCAAGGCACCAUCCACAAGAGCUUGGUCAUUUACAACCAAAGUCCAUGGAAGUGCUUACAGUUCGAUUUCCAGUGUUGUGCUUAGAUCUUAAAAAAUACAUUUGUUGUCACACAGAAAGGUCAUGAGGGAAAAACUAGUAGAAAGAUUGCACACAUCUAACUAAUAAAAAAGGGAGAGCUCUAUAGCAACAUCUUUCACAGCUUGACAAGGACAUUUUUUUGGAAGAGCCAUGGCAUACACUCCUCAAUCAUUCUAUAAGGUUCCCUAAUAUGCUUUUGUAAAGUCUACAAGAUUUUUAGCUUUGGCUUUCUCAUUAUGUUCUAGCAUGCUCUGAAUACCAUAGGAAAAAUAGUCUGAUUUUGCAGCUGAGCUUUUAUUUUGAUGUUUCAUGUACAUGCAUAAUUGCACAUGCUUCACUCUGACUUGUGAACAUCUUUAGUUGUAUUGUUAGAUUGCUAACAGGGGAGGGAGCUUACUAAAUGAGAGCAAUGUGAUGUAGAACAUACAGUACACUUUUCUAAUUUGCCCAUGCUCUAUGUCCAUUACCUUCCUAUAUGGUCAUUUCAGACAGGGAAGAAAACUGUCAAAUUUAAAAAGCCCAGUGCAUCCCCUGGUCACAGCGACACAUUUUAUUUCAAAACUAACAAGGCAAAAUGUUUUACUGCGGCAUGACCCCUUUAAUUAUUCCACCUGCUGAUGAUGAAGCACAACUGAGUCCCGGGGUCUUUUUCUCCUCAGUGUGACAGCUACGUGAAGUCAAAACCUUGAAAAUAUUACAUUUCAGAACAGCAUUUUAUAGACAGAAAUUUACACUGCAGCAAUUGAAGACAUCCAUCUAUUAGCCUGGCUUAGCAUGUCUUCCGGCAUGCAUGUCAUUAGUGCAUUUUUAAUUGUUUCUAAACCUGCUUAAUUUAAAAAAAAGGCCUUUUGGUGUCCUUUUUUGAAUUCAUGCUGGAUAUGACCCAAGGUUGCAAACACUAGUUCAAGGAGUUGAAUCGGACUGUGAAAAUGGCAGGCCACAACGCUGAGAUGAAAGGAGAGAGCCAUUUCCUUGUCUCUAUGCACACACCUGCCAUCCAGAGCAUGGCUUUAAAAUCACUGUCAGCAUGCAUGGUCAUUUUGCACUUCAGUCAGUUACUGACUCCAGCAUCAUAUGGAUAAGCCUUCGUGAUGGGGAUGUAAGGGUAGUUUGCAGUGGACACACUGCCAGUAAGUGCUCUCAUGACAAAAUGUGCCAAAGGCAAACUUUGCUGCAGUGGCCAGUAUGGGGUAGCUGCUAUGAGAAGAAAAUGCCAAACUAGUCAUGUGAUUUUGUACAAUACACACAUUAUGCAACCACCUUUUUUCCAUUUGUUGUUUAAUACUUUUAUGUAUUCAUGACACACUGUUUUUGGUGAAAAAAUGUUGUAAAUGUAUUCACUGUUUUUCUUUUCAGCAACUACUCAGUACUUACCUGUUUAAAUACAAGGGUGUAACAAGAUAUAGAAGUAUGUGACCUAAAAAGAAUGGCCAUAUGUCCACAUUUAGUUCUGGUGGGGUUAUCUAGACAAGCAUACCUCCACUAGCACAUCGUUAUUUCAGUGGAAUCAACUUCUUCCAGCCCUACUAAUGAAAUGGCCUCUAUUAAACGUUUUAAGUAUUCUGUGUGUUAAUGGGCCAUUGCAUGCCAACUUGCCAAGAGCCUCCAUGUUCAUGUAAAGGAUUUUCAUGAAAGAUCAUGUUUCAUGAAACAAAAACUAAUCAUGUUUCAUAAGAGUAUGCAAACGUUAAGUAUCAAGAUUCAUCUUUUUUUUUUUUAUCAAUCUUAGGAAUUGUAUUAUCUUUCAAUAACACACAGAAGCGCCACAUUCAGAUCAAAAUGCCCUAUGAAUUGAACAUAAAUAAAUAAAAGAAUUCAUUAAGGGCGCUUCCUGACACCCAGCUUCGAACUACAAGUGAGAGACCAAGCAUGGGCUAAAAAUUGAGGCAAAAGCUAAAUGUGUAAGUUAGGUUAAUAACGGUACUGUAGAGCUGCAGACUUGAGUAAUGAGGUCUCUUCCCCAUCACUUGUAACAAGGGUGAAAUACUGCAGUUAAGUCUUUUUCAGUAAGUAAGACAUGAGACCUAAACUGAUCAGGAUGUUCUGUGAGAUUCUCCUGUUCACUCUGCUGAUGUUAAUGUAAAUAUAAACAAUGCAAUUCCUAUACUGAUUUAAUAAACUUGGUUUAUUGCCAGACUCUU